AUGCCCGCCCCUCGCAGGGACAGGCUGGGCAUGAGCCGCUGCCGCCGCCCGCGGCCCCCGUUGCCCGCGCCGCCGGCCCGGCCCGGCCUUUGCCCGGUGCGGGCCGCCCCUGCCUGCAGCGAGGGGCCUGUCAGGCGCGGAGCAAACAGGAAGGAAGCCAGGCAGGAAGGCGAGCUGCCUCUGCGUGUGUACGCGCGGGUGUGCGUCCCCGGAGUGUGUGUCCGUGUGUGCGCGUGUGCGUGUGCGUGUCUGUGCGCUCCCGCCGCCCUCCCCGCCGCCGCCCUCGCGCUCGCUCCCGUUCGCGCGUCCUCUCCCUCUCGCAGGCGCCGGCUCUCCGGCCAGAGUCGAGCUGGGCCGGGCUUUAUUAAUAUGCUAAUUGUCCUGGUAGUGGGAGGGGAGAGCCGUGUCAAAGUGACCCGGGCGAGCGCGCCUCGAGCGACGACGUGCGUGCGCUGCGCGGCGAGGGGCAGGGAGCGCUCCCGGGAACCGCAUGCAUGUGACGCAGCUCUUAAAAAACGAGACGGAGGCAGAGACCCCGAGAUGAGGACCGAACCCAGGGCCUUGCACUUGCUAGGCAAGCGCUCUACCACUGAGCUAAAUCUCCAACCCCAAGGUUAAUCACUUUAACCUUCCUUUAAAACCAUUUCUCCUGGGGACUGGAGAGAUAGUUCAGUGCUUAAGAACACUGGCUGCUUUUCCAGAGGUCCUGAGUUCAAUUCCCAGCAACCACGUGGUUCACAACCAUCUGUUAUGGGAUCCGAUGCCCUCUUCUGGUGUAUCUGAAGACUGCUACAAUGUAUUCACAAAGACUGCUACAGUGUAUUCACAUAAAUAAAUAGAUCUUUUUAAAAAGUAAAUAAAAAAUAAAAACAAAACAACAAAA